AUGGGUUUACUGACCUGGUUGAGACAGGAGGCCCAGCUGAAGAAGAUGGUUCUAUUGAUUGUGUUUCUUGCCUUGUUCCUGGAUCAUAUGCUACUGUCAGUGGUGGUGCCAAUCCUUCCAAAUUACCUGUAUAGUACUGGCCAGGCUGCCAACACCACUUCAGGGAACAGCACUAUCAUAACAGUCAAUCCUCCCAUCAUCCAGUCACUCAGUAACAGAUCAGUGAUUCUGGGCUCCACAUUUAGACCUCCACAUCAGAACACAGCUCUUUCCAGUGAUCCCAAUGUGGCCCUGAAAUCUCCUGAGUCAAACUGCUCUGAUGCAGAUCCUCAGCUGGAUGAAGUAAAUAUCAAAGUAGGACUGCUGUUGGCCUCCAAGUCCAUGGUACAGCUUAUCAUUAACCCCUUCAUGGGGCCACUUACUGACAGGAUUGGAUACCACAUCCCAAUGUGUGCUGGUUUCUGCAUAAUCAUCAUCUCUACCUUUUGUAAGUAUUGA